AUGUCACAGACUGUGUUCAUCACACCAGGGCCUGCUCACAAUGGCACAAAUAUGUGCAAUGUCAUCAUUUUCGGAGAAGCAGGAGCUGGUAAAAGUUCUUUGAUUGAUUUGAUCACUAGGGAGCACAUGGCAUGGGUAUCCUCCAAUACUAUGGGAUGCACAACUGAAACCAAUGCAUAUGAGACUGAGAUUUUGAUUCCAUUGAAGUUGAAGCUGUUACUGAAUGAGAUUGCAGGUCUUGAUGAGGGCCCUGAAGGUACAGUUCCUAAUAUGCAAGCUCAAAAAGUGUUAAGGAUGCUCAUUUAA